AUGGUCAUGGUGGUGGUGACCGCCUGGGUCAUUAUAGCUGCAAAAACUGACUUCUCGGAAGCAAGAAGCUGCUCUGAGUGUCACAGCAACGCCACCUGCCUGGUGGACGGAGUGGCCACAACGUGCUCCUGCCAGGAGGGUUUCACUGGCGACGGCUUAGUGUGCGCGGACCUGGAUGAAUGCGCCACUCCUGCGACCCACAACUGCUCGGCCAACAGCAGCUGCGUGAACACGCUGGGCUCCUACACGUGCCUCUGCCUCGACGGCUUCCGCCUGACGCCCGGCCUCGGCUGCAUCGACGUGGACGAGUGCGCGGAGCCGGGGCUCAGCGGCUGCCACGCCCUGGCCGCCUGCGUCAACAGCAAAGGCACCUACUCGUGCGUGUGCCCCGCGGGCUACUUGGGGGACGGGCGGCACUGUGAGUGCUUGCCGGGCUCCUGCGAGCCAGGGCUGGACUGCGUGCGCAAGGGCAAUGCGCUCGUGUGCGUCGAUCCGUGCCAGGAACACAGCAUCCUGGACGAGUACUGGCGCAGCACCGAGUACGGGACGGGCUACACCUGCGACUCCCACCUGAGCGGCUGGUACCGCUUCUUGGGGCAGGGCGGCGCGCGCAUGCCCGAGACCUGCGUGCCCACCCUGCGCUGCAACACGGCCGCGCCCAUGUGGCUCAACGGCACGCACCCGUCCAGCGACGACGGCAUCGUGAGCCGCUCGGCUUGCGCACACUGGAGCGGCCACUGCUGCCUGUGGGACGCGCCCGUCCAGGUGAAGGCCUGUCCCGGCGGCUACUACGUCUACAACCUGACGGCGCCCCCAGAGUGCCAUCUGGCGUACUGCACAGAUCCCAGGUCGGUGGAGGGGACGUGUGAUGAGUGCAGUGUAGAUGAAGACUGCAAAUCAGCUAAUGGCAGAUGGCACUGCCAGUGCAAACAGGACUUCAACAUCACUGAUCUCUCCCUCCUGGACCGCAGGCUGGAGUGUGGGCCCAAUGACAUCAAAUUGUCCCUGAGCAAGUGCCAGCUGAAGAGCCUGGGCUUUGAGAAGAUCUACAUGUACCUGCGUGACAGCCAGUGCUCGGGCUUCGCUGAGAGGGGCGACAGGGACUGGAUGUCUGUGGUGACCCCGACCAGGGAAGGCCCCUGUGGGACACUGAUGACGAGGAAUGAAACCCAUGCCAAGUACAGCAACACCCUCUACCUGGCAGAUGAGAUCAUCAUCCGUGACGUCAACAUCAAAAUCAACUUUGCGUGCUCCUACCCCCUGGACAUGAAAGUCAGCCUGCAGACCUCCCUGCAUCCAAUGGUCAGCCAGACUCGAGGAAGGGCCCUAGGCACUGAUGAGGGUGCAUGGCUGACUUUGGGAAGGAAGGCUGCUCAUUGUCUGCCUUUGGCUGGAGCAUCAUCUGGCCAGGCAGUGCCCUGGAGCAGUGUGGCCAUGUCCCAGGCCUGCUCCCUAAACAUCAGCGUGGGCGGGACGGGCGUGUUCACUGUGCGGAUGGCGCUCUUCCGGAACCCUGCCUUCACGCAGCCUUACGAAGGCUCCUCAGUGACCCUGUCCACCGACGCCUUUCUCUACGUGGGCAUCAUCCUGGAUGGGGGCGACGUGUCUCGAUUCGCACUGCUGAUGACCAACUGCUACGCCACGCCCAGCAGCAAUGCCACAGACCCCUUGAAAUACUUCAUCAUCCAGGACAAGUGUCCGCGCACCGAGGACUCGACCAUCCGAGUGUUGGAGAACGGGGAGUCCCCUCAGGCCCGGUUUUCAGUCCAGAUGUUCCGUUUUGCUGGAAACUACGACCUGGUCUACCUGCACUGUGAAAUAUAUCUCUGCGACACCGUGAAUGAAAAGUGCAAACCACCCUGCUCCGGGACCAGAGUCCGCAGUGGGGGCAGCAUAGACCAAACCCGUGUCCUAAACUUGGGUCCCAUCUCACGGAAAGCUGUCCAGGCCACAGUCUCGAAGGCUGCUUGCAGCAGCUUGGGGCUCCUGAAGGUCUGGCUGCCUUUGCUUCUGUCGGCCAUCUUGACCCUGACGUCUCAGUGA